AUGAAGAGAAGCAGAGCCCCACAAAGCACCUCGGAAGAGGCGGAGCCUCAGGAGACACUGGGAAAGGCGGCUUCAGUACUCCCUCUCACACGCUUGCGCCCACACCUUUGGCCACGCCCACAGAGGCACGAGGGGCCUUUGCUCCGGGCUGCUGCUGUUAGGUGCUACAGUGGCCCAGGCACUGAAGGCUCCGGGAGGCGGAGGAUGGAUGCGGAUUUAUCGGCCAUUACUGUCUAUUUCACCAACGCCAGGGGCUCCGAUGCGAUGGAUAGGGAUCCUUCUAGGGGAGAAUCCGCCCUGGGAGCGACGGCCGCCGCAGCGCGACUCGGGGAGCCGACCGGACAGAUACAAACAAGUGGUGAUGGAAACUUUGAAAAUGUAGAGCUGGGUGUCCUAGGGAAAAAAAAGAAAAUUCCCAGAAGAGUCAUUCAUUUUGUCAGUGGUGAAACCAUGGAAGAAUAUAGCACAGAUGAAGAUGAAAGUGAUGGUCAAGAGAAAAGAGACCUCUUACCUGCUAUUGAUCCUACAAAACUUACCUGGGGCCCCUACUUAUGGUUUUACAUGCUUCGUGCUGCCACAUCAACCCUUUCAGUGUGCGACUUCCUUGGAGAGAAGAUUGCAUCACUUCUGGGUGUCAGCACCCCAAAGUACCAAUAUGCCAUUGAUGAGUAUUACCGGAUGAAGAAAGAGGAGGAAGAGGAAGAAGAAGAAAAUCGAAUGUCCGAAGAGGCAGAAAGACAGUAUCAGGAACAGAAGACGCUUCAGACAGAUUCCACUGUUCAGACAGACCAGCCAGAAACUUUGGCAUCAAGUUCAUUUGUGAACCUGAAUUUUGAAAUGGAUGGAGACUGUGAAGCACCUAUUGAAAAUAAACAAAGCCUAACCACAACUUAGAAUAAAAACAACUUAACAAAUUUUAAACACCAAGGUAUUUUUUUUAACCCAGGGAAACUUACAGUGGUUAUUUGGUUAUUUGUAUUUAAAGUUUUAUUGAAUUCCCCUUUAGCAGCUUCAGGUUGCCUCUUAAAGUACAAAAUCUAUCUAGUAAAAAGUUUUCUUUCAAACAAAGACUUGCUUACAGGCAUGAGAAGACUAGAGCUGAAGCUUAGAUCUAUAUAAAAGCAGUAAAAGAUCUUUUGGCUAAAUGUCUCAUGACAGUCAAAAAAAACAUGUAAUUUUAUGUUUAUAAAACUGGGUGAGUAUAUGGAAAAUGAAACUGUACUGACAUUAAAAUUUCAAAACAAAGUAAGAUUUUUAAAAAUAUUUUCUAAUUUGUAGCCAUAUUUAUGUUGACUGGUUUUAUACUAAGAUGUCUUUCCUCGGUGCUUAAAAUUUGGUCUUGUGAAACAAGAUGGACAACAUUUUUUAUUGUUAGUUUAGAAAAAUGUGUAUUCCGAUUAGUCAUGGAAA